GAAAAGGGGACUCAUGAUACCUGUCCUGCCAUCACUGUAAACACUCACCUGUACUCUACUCUCAGGAUGAGUAAAAUGUAUGAGUGAACACAACGACCUGACAUCACCAUUCACGAGCAUUGACAUCCCUUGUGUGUUGCCAACAGAGAUGAAGAUAUGCAGAGUAUGGCGUCGCUGAUGUCUAUGAACACUCCCAACGACAUCGCCCCUCUGGAGGACUUCGACGACGAGGACGACAACGAAGGUCGCUGCUACAGUGAACCAGCCAGCCGUGUGUCUACUCUUCGCCGCAAAGGACGCUCCUCCACACUCACCUCUCCAGGCUCCCCAGGAGAUGCCAUGGUCCGCUCGGCCGAGUUCAGUCAACUAGCGGCUCAGAUCAGCUCCCUCACCUCCUCCUUUCACCAGGAUGACCCCCUGGCCUUCUCCUUCAGCGACUCCCUGCUGGUCUCCGGCUACCCCCUGGACCUCUCAAGCCCCGACUGUGCCCACCUGCAGCCAGGCUCCGCCCUCUCACCGCCCCACUCACCCUACACGCCCACGCCCACGCCCACCCCUCUACAAGACUCGCCCCUUAACGCUUUCGACGAGACAGAGGAAGACGCGGCCACACUUGAGGGAGGAGAGGAACAAGCCCACGCCCUCUCCACCGAUGGCGACCCCUCCUCCACCAACAUCACCAGCAGUUCCAACACCUAUCACCAAUCCGAAGGUCGUGAGGGAGGAGCUACAGGGACCGCUGACUCUGCCACUACCGCCACCACCUCUGCGACUACUGCGUCACCCACAUCAGACCAACACACAUCCGUCCAAGAAGGGUGAGUACUCAACUGAGGAGCUUUGUGUUUUUGUU